AUGAAUAAAAAUAAAGCGAACCCGACGAUUGGUGAAUUACUCGGUGAUGAUGAUCUAUUUCACUAUCAUUAUCAACAUCAAUAUAGUUCAUCGAGAAAUAAACGUAAACGAUAUCAUCAUCGUUCAUAUUCUCAUCGAAAACAUCAUCGUAAAACACAAGAAUCUCGAUAUCAAUUUUCAUUAUCAUCUCAAUACGUUGAGUCAACAUCAAAACUAAAUCAAAUAUAUUCUUAUCCAACAACAUAUAAUUAUACUUCAUUACCUAAUUACUGUUAUUAUUGCUAUUCAAAUAUGUCGUCUUCUUAUUGUCCUUAUCUCAUAUCGAAUUACUGCAACAACCUUCGAACAUGA